CGCUAGCGCAAUCAUGGUUGGUUGUGCAGCUGUCGAUUGCUCGAGUUCGAGUACCAAAGGGAAAAAGAUGUUCAGGUUCCCUUGGAACGAAGAUAGAAAAAUGAAGUGGGUUGUGGCGGUAAGGAGAGCCACGGCGAAUGGUAGCCUCUGGAUGCCAAGCAUCGGAGCUAGAGUGUGCCAAGACCACUUUGUCAAAGGCGCUCCUAGCAAAGAUCCGCGGCAUGUUGACUACGUGCCAUCGAUAUUUUGGCACGACGAGAGAGCAACUGAGGCGUCAAGACGGAAGCGUGAAAGCUACGACAGGCAUACGGCUUUAACGCUGAAACGCACGGCCGCCGCGAAACGUGCAGCCAGGGCUGGCACUGAUCCCGAGAAAAGCAUGACACAGCAGUCAACGGCCGCAGGACAUCAGGCCAAUGGUGCCGCUGCGGAAUACACGGACACAGCAGUUGUCAGCGACAUAAGCUGCUGCGACACACAAUCAGCCAGUGGUUCCGAAGGCGAGGACAUCGCACCAGUGAGAGAAGAUGACGUGUCAGGAACGUCUUUCGACGAAGCGUUAGCUGCACGCACGUAAGAGCUUACAGCUUUGCGACGACCGACUGGAGCGGUCGUUUAAAUGUGCGGGCUUGUAGAUACGUUCUUUCUCUUUUUCUACAGUGAAAGGAUAGGUGAAAUCCAAAGUACAGAAUGCCAUUUCUGUGCAGCUAUCAAGGCAAAAGUGCAGCUUCUCGAGGAUGAGCUGCAGAAGCUAAAAAAGGAUGGUCCCCAUUCUGCAGUAAAAAAGCAGCAAAGGAAGAGUGUGACAUCUAUGAGCGAUGCUGAAGUGCAUUUU